AUGGGAGGUCUGAAAGGCGAAAUAUGCGGAAUGAAAUUCCGCCAACGUGUGUGUAUUAAUGUUGGAGUACGGACCAGGAAGAAGCUCAGCGAUGCGGAUUCUUUCACAAAGCGAAUCCAGAGCAAGAGAAACGGCCCCGUUCUAAUUCCACCAGAGAAGUUUGAAACUCUCAAACUCUGGAUCGUAAGUGUUCACGCACCUACGGAGACCGCAGAGGACCACAACAAGGACGCGUUUUGUGAUGAACUCAAUGCGUUGAUAUCCAAGAUACCAAGCCAGCAAGCGGUAAUUGUCGGAACUGAUGCGAAUACAAAGAUGGGACCUGAACAACAAUUCAAUGUGCUUGGAAAAUGGUUCUAUCCCAUGGAGCAGACAUCGGACAACGGAAAAUAUCAAUAA